UGAAACAAUCAAUGUCUCAAGCAGUGUAGAAGUUGAGCUGGAGUGAAUGGAAGAGGACCAGUCUUUCCAACCUGGGCUUGGCAUUUGGGAUAAGGCUCUGGAUUAACACACAAGGUGGACUAUACCCUCUGUCUGCCGGGACUUUAGCACUUGCUGGGGAGCAGGAACAGCAGUGGAGAACGCGAGCCCAUGAGGUCGUCGAUGCUGAUCCUGCUCUUCCUGAUUGGCGUCCAGGCUGCAGCGAACAUGGGGGGGGAGGAUCGGGCAUGGGAGGAGUCCGGGCCCGAGAGCCUAUCACAGAAAAGGGCCCCCUGGGACGAUACUGAGAGCCUCAGCCAGACAGACACUGCCUUCUCAGACUCAGCCCCUACAGUGGACCCCGAACUCUUCAACAGUAGGCAGCGGCACUCAGCUCGGGUGCUGUUCAGCACCCAUCCUCCGGAGUCAGAGCCCGGAACCAGGGUGCGCAGGCAUGCGGCGCCGUCGCAGUCCCGCGGCGUUUACUCCGUGUGUGAAAGCAUCAGCACCUGGGUGGGCAAUAAGACCAGGGCCACGGACAUCUCAGGCAAUGACGUCACGGUGCUGCCCAACGUCAACAUCAACAACGUCAUCAAGAAGCAGUACUUCUUCGAGACCAUGUGCCGGGCUGCUAAGUCCGGUUCCUCAGGAUGCCUGGGUGUGGAUGCCCGCCACUGGAACUCCCACUGCACCAACACACACACGUUUGUCCGGGCGCUCACCUCCUUCAAAAACCUGGUGGCCUGGCGACUCAUCCGCAUUAAUGUGGCUUGCGUCUGCGUGCUCAGCCGCAAGUCCUGGAAGCCCCCCCCACAACAGGCAGUAUGACGGACAGCAAAAGGCCAAGCCAACAAUAAUCCUCUGCCCAAUGGCGAUCUGUCACAAUCCAAACCCUGAUCUCACACUGUAAAUUACUGGUUAUUUUAAGUUAUAAGGACCGCAUAUCAUAUUUAUAGUUUAUACAGUCAAAAAGUAUAUAUAAGAAUUCAUGCGUUCAUUGUUGUGUUGCUGUUGAUUUUGUUAUUUAUUAAACGCUUCCUAUAUAUGCAGAUGCCGGUAAAUCCUUAUUUUCCAACACAAAGGGACAAUCACUCAUGUCCCAUCAAGUAAAUGACAGUCUGGCUUCAUGACAGGGACAGGACAUACCAAAGCUCUUUGCGUUGGAGGGUACUCCUUCUCCACCUUACGUAUUUUUCUUAAGUGUGCAUGCCUGUACACUGUUUCAUGAAUGUUCUCAUUGCAUUCCUAGAGGUGAAGUGUUUCAGCUGAUUUGUUUACUUGAGGAUUUAGAUUUAUCUCCCACUUUGCUCAGCCGGUGUAAGCUCCACCCCACGUACAGGAUGAUUCCUUGAGGCCUAAGCUGAUGACUAAAGUUGAUUGCGGACCAAAUGUACCACUGGAGGGCUUGGUAAUCCGGUCCUGUGCCUGGUAUGACAUCAGGUAAGUCCAGACAAGGAGCCCAGGGUCUGGUUUUGGAGGAGUAAGGAAACCACUGGCGAUUUCAUAAUUGAAACAAUGUAGUCGUAUCGAUGGUGUCUGAGGCCAUGGCAAAGGUGGCCGUUUCGUUUGUUUUCAUCCAACAAUGUAAACUGUGUGCUCACUGAUGCAGAGCCACAAAUGCUGCAUGAGUCAAGUGCCAGACUGGAAACCAAAAGCAAACUCGCGCUACCGUAAAUGAAGGGUCAUAGUCAAGCAGUUACAUUUAAAGUCGCACUUCUGUAAUUCCAACUUCCCAUCAACAGCACUUAGAAAAUACAGUUAUAGAGGAACACUGGUUAUUCACAACCUAAAGAUGGAAAGACUGCUACAGAAAUCUCCAUCAGGCUCUUUAUAAAAGCAUGAUCUUCAGCUACUCAGUUUUCAGAUUCUGGUUGUGAGCCUACGUCAGGAACCAUAGAGCCAGACGGUGCUGCUCCACGCUGCUGAGCGGUGCUGAUCUUUUUUUAUCAUUGUUGGGCCACCGUCGAUGGCUGCCCACCAUAGAACGGGACCGCGCUUUAGGCACCAAAGAGGCAAGCAGUAGAACAGAAGAAACAUCAAAUGUCAAAGCCCGCUCCUGGGUAAAGAGGUCAAGAGAAACAUCUGGCAAACAGAGCCAUGUGUUGUUGAGAUCAUGGGACACAGACUCAGCCAAUUCAUUACUCAGUGCCCCAUCGUCAGAUGUUUACGUAGAGUGAUUGGACGGCUUUCAGGCAGACAGGCACCUUUUCACCCUGAAUCGACCAAUAAGGUUUGCAGCUCCAAAGUGAUUCUGAAAACACCGAAAGGGAAAUGCCCUCCAGGGAAAAACUAUUUAAGGUCUUUUUUGUACUUUUCAAUAUUCAUGUAUUUUUAAUGAAAAUCACUGGACAUUCCCUGCAAUACAAUAGACUGCCACCAGUCCAAUCCACGGACUUAAAUCACAUGUUACUUCUCUCAUUUUGGAUUUGGACUACAUCAGUGCAACAUUUUGGGGUAAAGUCUAGGGUUACA